ACCUCCCUUCCAGUCCUUCUUGUGGCCAGCCACAACGCCUUCUUAUUCCAAGCCAAUCCUUACCAUCACAUACCAGUCCCUUUGACCUUUUGAUUCUCUGAACAGUGACUUUCCUAGAGCGACUUUCUGUUCUCUGAGGUGGUUACUACCGCCUCGAGGGUGGUCUGUUGCAUUUCAGCCUUGUCUUCUUUCCCUCCUCCACCUACGGCGAGUCCGCUCGAUCUGACGCGACUUCAACCCCACCGCUUCAACUCGAAUCGUACAUACACACACACAAGCGAUAGAAGACAAGAAAGAAGGCGACUGCGCGACUGCUUUAUUGUGCCACCCCAAGCUGAACCUCAGCUGACUUCCCAACACUGGAGACGAACGAAUAUCAAGGCCAACAACAUGUUCUUCUUGUACAACCUCACGCGUCAUGUCACGCUGCACCCCUCCUACUUUGGCCGAAACAUGCAUGAGCUGGUCACCACCAAGCUCCUGAAAGAUGUGGAGGGCACAUGUGCUGGCAACUACUUCAUCAUCACCAUCAUGGACACCUUCGACAUCUCUGAGGGUCGCAUCCUCCCUGGAAGUGGACUUGCAGAGUUUACUGUGGGCUAUCGAGCUGUGGUGUGGCGACCCUUCAGGGGCGAGACGGUUGAUGCUGUUGUUGGUAACUCCAUCAACACACAUGGCUUCUUUGCCCAAGCUGGUCCCCUCAUGAUCUUCACGUCCAACCAUUCCAUCCCCAAGAACUGUGUCUAUGACGCCAAUGCUACCCCUCCCCAGUUUACUGACCACGAAGGCCUCACAAUUGAGCCUGGCACCCACAUCCGCCUCAAGCUCAUUGGUAUCCGAACUGAGGUGACUGAGAUGUGGGCAGUUGGCACCAUGAAUGAGGACUACCUUGGACCUUUGGCAGAAUAAUUUCUGGACUCUCGAGUCGAGAGGAAACAAAGUGUUCUGGUCAAUUUCCGCAGCGCUUGAUACGGACUUUGACUGAUAAAUUACGGCGAUUGCGGUGUCUCAACUCCCGGAGGAUGGCUGUUCAGUAGCGUGACUUGCGCAUAAGGACACUGAUUUUAAAGAGACCCGCUCUGAUAUUCGUUGAAUCUUGCGUGGCCGAUAUCUACACUAGGGAACGACUGUCUAUGGGCUAGGACUCUGGGUAGGAGGUUGGCACAUCACAUCUACAGUAGAUGAGCAUAGGGAACCAGUUUCGGGCGCAAGCUCAUCUAGCAUGGAGGAAAUACCCGAGUAUCUUCAAAAAAAAAAGUCUGCACGUACGUGCAUACUGGUGGCUGGUCUGGUUGAUCAUAGAGACGAUCUACCACUCGGGCCGUCGCGACUAGGGCCAGUCGUCGGUUUUAAAAAUAAUAAAUCAACCAGUCUGGUUUGCACUACCG